GGUUGUACCUCCACGUGGUUGCAUCUACCGAAUGAGCGAGGAAGAGUUAAGUGUGCUAUGGGCACAACUAGACGUAUCGAUUAUCGCAAGCUCAACGCGCAAAUGGUCAAGAACGUCGGCCCUCUUCCGCGCAUCGACGACCUCCUCGAACGGUUGGGCGGCGCCAAGUUCUUCUCCAAGCUAGACCUCAAAUCAGGAUAUCACGAACUUGAGAUCCGGCAGGAGGACCGCUACAAGACCGCGUUUAAGACGCGAUAUGGGCAUUUCGAAUGGUUGCUUAUGUCGUUUGGCCUUAUGAAUGCCCCAGCCACUUUCCAAGCGGCUAUGACAACGGAGUUCCGACACAUGCUGGAUCGAUUCGUACUUAUCUACCUUGACGACAUUUUGGUGUACAGUAGGAGUUUGGACGAGCAUGUGGACCACCUGCUCACCGUUUUGGAGCGGCUACGACAAGCCAAGUACAAAGUCAACCGCGACAAAUGCAAAUUCGCGCGGCAGGAGCUGGAGUACUUGGGACAUUAUGUGACGCCGCAAGGCAUCCGUCCGCUUGCGGACAAGAUCAAGGCAAUUUACGUAUGGCCCGAGCCCACCAACACCACGGACGUCCGUUCAUUCAUGGGGUUGGCGGGCUACUAUCAACGAUUCAUCACCGGGUACUCAAGGAUUGCUGCACCUAUGACGAGAUUCCAAUCGCCAAAGGUGCCAUUCGUAUUCGAUGACGACGCACGCCGGUCAUUCCAAGCACUCAAGAUGACCAUGCUCAUGGCACCCGUCCUUAGCAUCUACGACCCCACCCUGCCAACGAGAGUGACAACCGACACUUCCGGCUAUAGCAUUGGGGCAGUCUUGGAACAACACGACGACGAUGACUGGCACCCUGUGGAGUAUUUCAACCACAAAGUGUCUCUCAUCAAUUCGAUUGAUGAUGCAAGGAUGAAGGAGCUGCUCGCGUUCGUGAGGGCUCUCAAGCGAUGCCGACUCUUCCUCCUUGGGCGUCGUAGGUUCACAUGGGUCACAGACAACAACCCAUUGACUUACUACAAGACGCAGGAUACAGUGAGCAGCACGAUCGGAUGAUGGAUUUACUUCAUCGACCAAUUUGACUUCACACCGAAACACCUCCCCGACCUUUUCAAUCGCCCAGC